GCCGCAGUCGUGUUCGCGCCCGCGGUCGGGCAUCGACCGGCCCCUGAGAGUGGUGCGCGCAGCUCUGAACGCCGACCGGGCUUUUUUUUUUCCCACGCGCUGCCGUGAAACCUUCUUCCCCCUUGACAGCUCCACAUUCGUCUUUUCCUCUCGUAUUUCACUUGCAGUAGUUGUGGUCCGGUUCGGCUUGCUGCACCGAAGUUCGCGGCGCUCCACUUUAACGGUGUACGUGAAAAACUUCGCGUUCGCUUAUUAACAAAGUUUUGUAAGCUCUUGUUUCGUUCUCUCUGUGCCCUGCCAGUGGCUUCGUUUUACUGACUGCAACGACAAUUUCUCUGUGUCGUGAUGCCACUGACCUAGGGCUCAGUGAGCUGUUCAUUUUUGCCCGGUGUCGCCAAGCCACGGCGCUUGGUCGACUUGUUCACGUCUUCUCCGCGCUCCCGGAGGUCUCCGUGGCCCGAGUCGUCAUCGAGCGGCCGCGCCUGGCGUGCAUCUCGGAACGGGACACUUGAUCGAGCGGUUGCCCCUCGGCCGGGACCCGGCUCGAUGCGUUGACUCUGGCCAGCGCCGUGAUGCCAAACUUUGCCCCUUGGCUGUGCGCGUGGAACGUGUGCUCCUCCAGGACUAUAAGUGCGACUGAGGCACUGCAGCGAGCGUCAACGUAUCCGUUGCUCCACUUCAAAACCUAGCUUCCUGUCUUCAACCAGUGUACCUUCGAGAUCUGGCCGCAACCACCACGCCAUCUCUGGGCAGUGGCGGUUCAUCGUCGCAGCAUCAGGGCUGCAAAAUGCCGGACUCACCUCAGGACAUCAAACCUUUGAGCCCGACACAGUUGCCCAAGGUCUCCUCUAUGCAAGGCGUCAACGGAGCUCACUCGCCGCCUUGCAACGCGGGCAACCCGGUGCCCGUGUGCCCGAAUCCUGCGGCGGUGCGGUCGCUGUCACCGCCAUCAGACUCGAACCAUGGGUCCGGUUCCACGGGCGUCUCUUCGUCGACGGCCGCCUCCAACGUGUCCGGGGGCUCGGCCAACAUCGCUUCUGUCAGCGGCCUCGUGGAGGCCCCUUCCGGCGUCGUGCUCGGAGCACGGCAGCUAAGCAAAGUGAAAAGGUUCCUGACAACUCUGCAGCAAUUUGCGAGUGACGUUUCGCCAGACGUCGGAGAGCGGGUUCACGGCCUCAUUCUAGGACUUGUGAGUUCCACGAUAUCCAUCGAAGACUUCCACCACAGCAUUCAAGACAUCACGAAUUACCCGUUGCGCCCCUUCGUGGUUCCAUUCCUAAAGUCGCACCUGCCGCUGCUGCAGACGGAGCUGGUGCACUACGCGCGAGCCGCCAAGCAGAGCCCCGCGCAGUACCUGCGGCAGCACGAGCAGCUGGUGCUGGACCAGCCGGGCGGAGAGCCGUUCGAGAUCUUUCAGCCGGACGCCAAGGAAGGCGCCCCCCUCAAGAGGAGGACGCCCCCGGACGGUCGGCCGAAGGAGAACGGCCACGCGGCGUCAGCGGUCGCUGCAGCGGUGGUCCUAGAGGAAGGCGGCCCCCCGGCGGCCAAGCGCCACCAGCCACUCUCGGCGAGCCCCGGGACGGCGAGGCUCAGCCCCGGAGUUGGUGCGCACGCCGCCCACCCGCCGCCGGCCGCCUUCCGCUUUGAGGAAGCGUCGGCGCCGCUAUUCCGGGAUCGCUACGACCGCUACGAUCGCCUCGACAGGGACUUCUAUAGGCCUUGCUACGGAAUGCUGCACAGGGAUUACCCCGAGGACCGCGACAUGGAGGAUGAGUGGAAGAACAUCAACACUAUGCUGAACUGCAUACUGGGCAUGGUUGAGAAGACGAAGCGCGCCAUCGCCAUCCUGCAGCACCGCAGCCAAGCGGAGCGGCCCGAUUUCGCGGCUUCCGUCUGGACGGGCAGCCGGCGCCACCUGGACGUCGACUACGACCUCAAGAAACGGGACCUCAUGGCGCACUACAAGUCGGCCGCCGAGAUCGACAGGGUCUCCGAGGUCCGGCGUCGCGCAGAGGAGGCGGUGAACGAGGUCAAACGGCAGGCCGUGGCUGAGCUGCAGAAGGCCGUGUCGGCCGCUGAAUCCAAGGCCAGCGAGCUGGUGGCAGCUGAGCGCACCAAGAUGGAGCGGCUGCUGGGUGAGGCGCGACGCCAGGCGGCGGAGGAGGCGCUGGCCGCCGUCAACCACCAGGAGGACUCAACCGAGCAGAACUGCUGGAACUGCGGACGCAAGGCAAACGAGACAUGCAGCGGCUGCAAUGUGGCGCGCUACUGCGGUGCCUUCUGCCAGCACAAGGACUGGGAGAACCACCAUCGCGUGUGCGGCCAGCCGUCCUCGAGCCCCAGCAGCAGCGGCGGAGGCCCCGUCGGCAAGCGCAGUCCCACGCCGCCCCGCAGGCUAGAAGGCAAGGUGGACUCGCGCCAUUAACAGCGCGGAUGCCAUCAUCGCCAUCUCGAGCCCCGGCCGCCGACCACCGGGGGCGCCGCAGCGAGCGAGGUGCUCCCAAGAUAGUGCGCGUGCGUAAAUGCCCUCUGUGUACGGGUCGCUGCGAAAGGGCACGUUGGGGGCGUCCUCGGUGAGCGUACGCUUGCUCCUGGGCAGAACAGGGAUCAGACUGCGCUUGUUCAAGGCCCAAUAGUAAUUACGUUCUACGCAUCUACGGCUGCAGCGAGUUCUACAGCAGGAACGAACUUUGCUGCGCUCGCAGACUGGCCGCCCCUGCAGAAUGUUCGCCGAUUCUGUGUUUGAUUUAGAGGUAAAGGACGGCCCUGUUCUUGUUUGCAUCAUUGUAGGACGCAAGUCAUCAUUUUCUUCGCUUCGCCAGAGUGCUACGAACGCAAAAGCACCGCAGAGACUCUUGGUGCCUGGCGUCCGCGCAAACGUUGCGGAAAACGCAGUACACUACUGCACUACGUCUGCUGAAUCUCAUUUUCUUUUUACAUUUCUUUGUGGUCUUGUGUUCGCGAAGACCAAUGCUGUGUAUGCCGCAAAUGUUUGUUAUAUUGUGUCAAAAAGGUAUUCCUGUUUAUUUUGAGCCAAACUAGGACAUAUUAUUUUCCGUUAACUGUAACCAAGGUUAUGGCUGCUGUUAUGAAGGAAGUGGUAGCAGCGAGCGAUAAUAUCCGGUUGGAGCAGCCAUGGCGCACCUUGAUCUACCAACGCGUAGCUGACUAAAUCGCUUCGCCAUGCUGUUGCAAACUGUGGUGGCGUUGUACAGCAGUGAGAUUUCUGUAGUGCUGUCGUCGCAAAUGCAUCAAGCGUGCUCGCGCGCACACGCACACACACACGCCUAGCGUGCCCCCUUCCUGCGUUGUCACUUAGAACGCGACAAAAAGGGAGGAAGAAAGCUGCCACUGCGUUUUCUCUUGCUUUGCGUGUCACUGCACAUGUCAACCAUCGUGUGUCGUGAACUGUAAAGAAAGUGUGUCAAGUUUAGAAAGAAGAGCGUCCGUUGGAGCAAGGCCGCUCGCGGCGUGCCGGCGGUUCUCCCCUCAUUCCGACGAGGGUUCGUCCAUGCUUCGCGCCCCUUUCCCGCUCGCACCGCUGCUAUCUGUAAUCACACUUUUCGCCGCACUGUAGCGGCCAUGACCAGCGAAACUGCUGUAAGCAGUCAUACCAUGCUCUUGUUACAGGCGGCCUUGGUUCAUGUAUAUGCAAAGUAUACUGCAUUCACGAAUUUCGCCUACUCGCAGUGAUAGGCUAGCAAAGUGAAGCUGUCGAAGCCGUGAGAUCAUUUAUUGUGAACGCCUGAAAUGUCAGAAAGCAAGCGAAACUACGCUCACUGCUGUUAGCACGUUCUGAGGAAUCUACGUCAACGCCAAUGAAACAACGUGGAAGCUAGUCAAACCACAGCCAUGAUAGAAAUACUUUCAAGAAGAUUUAAGAGCAUCUUUUACUUCUUUACCUAUGUAGACACUACAAUCUGCCAGCGCCUUCAGAAUUUAUUGCAUUUUCGCCUUGGCAUCGUAUCCUCUUUUGCUACGCAUUUGUGAAUACAACUGCUUUUGAAUUCAUUUUUCGCUUUAGGAACACGUGAUCGCGUCACUCGUUUGUGCAUGAGAUAUUUUGGACGAUCUUUUCUGGGGCUAACGCUGCUGUGCAACGGAAAGCUGGAGUAGUAGUAUUUUUACAUAGCCGAUGUCUAGGCUGGAUAAAAACAUCACUUUUGUGAUGCAGUUCUCGUUCGUUUGCAGUUCCAUACAGACAUUCACCUCCAAUACAAAGACAAUUGGAAGGACCACUGCUAGUACUCUAGUACUAGUAGAAAGAGAAGACUCCACUGCCUAUUGGGACAGUUCCCUCCGCACCCACUAAAUGCACAAGUGCAGUUUACAAGUACGCCACUUCUUUCAAGCUUUAUUUAAGUUCAUCUAGUCCAAACAACCAUAAAUUUUGACACGUUGUUUGAUGGCAGACACGCUGCAACAUCGAACACGUUACCGUUGUUACAUUUCUAAGAGACAUUUUUUUUUCGCCCUUUCGGAAGUUUACUUGUAAUCAGGAGUACAUAUCGUGACGAAAUACUUUCGGCCAGGAAAUGACAAGGUUACGACUGAGGUCCGUUGGAAUUUUUUUCCGUCGACACUUUGUUCCGGUGUAUGUGUGUGUGUGUGUAUAUUCUAGUCGGUCUGGAGAUCCCUGGCACGUUAAUUAAAUUAUGGGGUUUUACGUGCCAAAACCACUCUCUGAUUAUGAGGCACGCCGUAGUGGAGGGCUCCGGAAAUUUCGACCACUUGGGGUUCUUUAACGUGCACCUAAAUCUGAGUACACGGGUGUUUUCGCAUUUCGCCCCCAUCGAAAUGCGGCCGCCGUGGCCAGGAUUCGAUCCCGCGACCUCGUGCUCAUUAGCCUAACGCCAUAGCCACUGAGCAACCACGGCGGGUUCCCUGGCACGUUGUCACAUAAGAUUGCUUUAUUGCCAUGUUUGAUCAACAUUGCAAGUUCCCUGCACCACCAGACGUGCAUUUUGCCAUAUGUGGAAAAUAAUAUUGUCAGCUUUCCUUCAAUUUGGAAAGCAAAAUGAGGCAGGCUGAUGGUGAAUUUCACUGCUCCCGAUUCCUGUAGCUGGAAGUGCGAUAAAGGCGCGUAGUGCUGUGAAAUUGUCUGCGCCAUUUUCCAAAAGAACGUUGCUGCUUUCCGGCAUUGCACUCUCUUCAGGAGGCAUUCAACGUCGGCAGCAAAGCGUGCUUUUGCGAUGGUUAUCCUGUGGCAUGCAGCCGAUGCCUAGGCCUUUAUAAAACGCCCUCUUCAAACCAAUCCAACUUGGAUAUUUAUCGGCCGGUAGAUAGCAACGCACCCUGAAUGAAAUUGGAAUCAGCCAGGGACAAAUGUCUCAUGAUAUAGCGCACAUGUGAGAUGCGUGUCCGGCAGGACACAUAUCUCAUUACGGGACGAAUGAUUGGACGCCUAUCGAAACGCUGGCUAGCUUGUCUGAGGCAAGUCACUCUGCCCCCUCGCCCAUUCCCCCUUAAACGAAUUUGGUAUAGAACACUCAAAACCAGUUAACCUGCCCUGCUUCCACCCGUUUAGUUUUAGCUAUGCGGGCACAGUGCUUGCCGGGUAAUGUGCAGGCUGACGCGAAACUACUUCACAGCUAACUUAAUGAUUUCCCCACAUGCACUAAUUGCAUGCAGUUGCUGUUUCAUUUGAUUCGAUGCGAUUAGAAAUGUUGGCAGCUAGUACUGUUGGUCUAUAUUGUAUCUAAACGUAGUGAGUACAAUUCAGAAUUAAUGAGGAGAAAAGAAUAGAAUACUACACGGAACGUGUGACACUCCCUCUCAUCGGGAUAUUUUGCAAAUCAAUUGGACGAAACAUAACAGCCGUUUAGAAACUAGCUCGGUGUGGCAAGUAAUACGGCGUCUCAUUCUCACCUUCGUUCCCCCUAACUGGCUGUUAUGUAGAUGAUGGGCUGUAUGAGGGAGGUUGACGAGUCAUUUGCGUUGAUCACAUUCGUGCGCUACGCAAUUAACGUACUCAAAAUUCUAAAAGCGAUCAGCGCUUAUGAGCAAUCGCCUGACAUAGCCAUAUACAAUAUCACAGAGAGCACCAAUAAUUUAGAUGCACGCGGUCGUUAACAGAAACACGCACAGCACGUUUCGGGGGCCAGCACAAAUUGUCUGUAAGAGACUAAUUACUGCAGUACAUUAGCUUCCGCCUACGGGAGCACCUUAAAGCCCCAUCCCCGCCGGCAUGGGUUAAGCACAGAUCUGAAGUACGCACAUCACCGGCUACGCGCUGCCUCCUGCACUGCUGCUGAGUGGAUUCUGAAGGGUCGACGGAUACUUCCAUGAUGGUCGCUGAAUGCGAUAUCCGCAGCAACGUUUUCUGAACGGCAAUACGUGCCUCAAAAAUUUUGCGUUGCAGGCACUAAAGCGCUCAGCACAGUCGCUUCAAGAAGGAGGCCAGCAGACAUUUAUUUCACCAUAAAAUGCUGAAUGGCAAACUACACGGAUAUAGAUAUAGUGAACUUGGUCCACCUAUUUCUCUUUAUGCCUUGCAUGCCGAUUGAAAAAAAAAAUUCGAUUAUAUUCUCAGGUAUAGGUGCAAGGUCUGUGGUGCAUAGGACAUGCGAUUGGUUAUGAGAUUAUGAGUGUUGCCGCUCGCGCGCGGCGCAGCGCUGAACAGUGUAUUCUUUUCUUUUUAUUCUUUGUCUCUUUUAUGUAGUUGCUUCGAUUUGAUAGGUCCUGCAUCGUCAGGUAAUGCUGAGACGCCGCUGUGUGCCGUCGGCGGUGUGCAAUUGUGUGUCGGGCGUUUCUCUGGCAGGAUUAAUGAGCGCGAUGCCUGGCGGUACGUUAAAUAGCUGUUCUCAAAGUUGUUUGUAAAGAAGAAAAAAAAUGUGUUGAAUGUUUGGGUAUUAUACCACAUUCAAGCCCGUUCCGCGGGGACCGCAACUUGUGUACAGCAGUUUAUGCUCCGGUGAUAGCAGCCGCCAUGUUUAACGCAAGCCGUGAAACUGUGCUGCUCGGUGCCAGAUGCCGGAGGUCUAGCAGCUGUAGCGCGUUGCGAUACAGAAGCACCCCCCGGAAGAUUUCACGGUGCCCCUGCACACUUGACAGCACUAGACAGAGCCCUGUGGCCGUUUUAAACGAGGCCUACGCCGCCAAGCGUGCCAGCCAACGCCUCGAGGACGCCCCGGCGUCUGCUGAGUGCCGAGGAGAAGACUUCUUUGUCAGCGAAGACGUACUUUCGGCGUUGGUGGCUCGUUUCGACUUUGCUCGAGACUUUAGCUUUUAAGCCUGCAGUUGUGGACCGCGGAUGACGGGUGCGUGUGAAUGGUGUAACAGCGUACGAGUGUGCGUGUGCCUGCGUGCCUGCUUGUUCCUUCUCCUUGUCAAUCCAGAAAAAGUGCACUCUCGCGCGCAUGAGAAAAGUUGCCGCGCCCGCGGGCAGCGCUUGAGGUCGUGAGGUCGCGUGUCGGCGCGAGAUGCCUAAUAUAUAGAUACACAUAUACAUAGACAUACGAAACUCGCGUCGGCACCUCGCGAUGCUCACUCUUUUUAUCCCGUAUAGUUGUUGACGUGUGCCCUAGAUGUUGUUCUCUUUAUUUUUGUUUGUGAGUCCGAAAGAGAGAGAGAGAGAGAUAAUUUUUGAUGGCAGAAAGGUGGAGAUGGUCGGCCUGAGUGAAGUGCCUCUAGCGUGAUACUCCACGCUGAGGAAAGGACUUGGGAGAACAAGGGGAAGUCAGAGAGUCUCAUUGCGCGUAUGAUGUGAAGUCGAGGUAUGGCAGCUGCAACACUAUGUACCCACCCUCGUUGUAAAAAAUAACGACGCUGUUUUAGCUAUUCUCGGCGUCCUCUUUCUUUCGAUCCGUGGCUAUAGUUUCUGCGAAGAAAAAAAUGUAGAUUACAUCCUUUUUAUCUCUCUUCGACACACCUAUGUUUCUCAAUACAUGGCAGACGUGCCAUUCAUAUACAGCGUCGUGAACAGUGGUUUUGAUUCGAAAGAAACGGGCUCUACUCCGUGCUGGCUGAGGACACACAGGCUAGUCGACAUACCGUAACGCAGCUCAAGAGACUCGACACGCAUGCGAGUCGGCCGCCUUUGUAGCGUUGGCAAGCAACACGCGGGAGGGGCAGGAACGACUAUAUGAAACCGAUUACGUCUUUCUCGAGGCACUUCCCGUUGAAAAUUGUCCACGGAUGCGCAACGCCUGCAGAGCGGGCACAUUAAUUUUCGCUUCAAUCUGUGGACCGCGCUUUUAUUACUUCUCCUUUUUUCCUCGUCUUUUUUUCUUCUUCUAAGUAGACCUCAUACAUUAAAGUAAUAGAAUGACUAAAUAAAAGAAAGACAACGCUAAUUAAGCUGCACUUCUUCACCAACGCCCUCUCCAUCCACGCUUCUUCUUCCACUUGCGCACACUUUUCCGCCUUUGAUUACGCUGUCCGGUGCGUGUUCCAUUCGGACGUGUCGCUUGCUGGCGCUGUGACGGCCAUUGCAGUUUCUACGUUUCCGCCUCGACAACGCUUACACACAGUCGCACGUAGGUCUAAAGCUGAAACCAGAUUAGAAGGCAUCGCGUGACGGUAAUGAGAGGGCCUCGAGUUGUCAAGCUGUCGUGCGUUCGCUGAAGCGCCCUGUUACUUCUCACUUGCCGCGCAUGUACUUUAGUCAAGUGAAAUGUUCGUUUUAGUGGCGUGGCUUUCGUUUUCUAGUCGCUUUAUAGGCAUUGUUUUUGGCAUAGACAUCGUACGCGACCUGCUCAAAGAAUCCGAUGAGCCUUUUCAUUUUUUUCCCUCGUCAGUCACCGAUAUGCUCACCUCGAAAGCAAAUAAGUUGCUCGACUGUUCCAGCCACAGCAGUGCACGUGUCUGCCUUUGUUUCGCGUAAGCGCGUAUGUUACCCCACUGCUCUCAAAUCAUGCCUUCAUUGGCGUCGUUGCGGUGGAAUUGUUUUACUUAUAUGCGGACAUGGGUGUACAAUGGCCCGGUGGAGCCACUGAAUCUCGACGUCAGGUGAGCCCAAAGCGUGUCAUCGCGGGCGUCUAACACCAGUGUUGGAAACGAUGCCCAAAACUCGCUAAGCCGGUGAUUCCUUCUUUUUCCUAGUCACCUGCCCGCAAAGUCGCUCGGCUGCCGUACGCGUGAGUGAAAGUGGCCAAGUGCACGCCGAUAUCUAGUCACGUCUGGUCGCAUCGGAAUCAAAACCGCUAGGACAACCCACAGCACGGCUCACGAAUGCUCUUACUCGGGCAUCACACAAUGGGCGUUUUUCGAAGGCGCGCACGAAAUGUGAACGCACCCAGAGAGCGCGCACUAAACUUGCUGCGGCUCAAGUUUCCGCACGGCAUAACCAAGAAGGAGGCGUGUGUCCGUCGCCGAAGCUCGUCGUAUGUUUGAGGACACAACGACACAUGUCAGCAAGCUUGUGCUGUCAAAAAUGUGCCGAAAUACCGCGCUAGCAUUCCCUGUUUGGAUAAAAUGUCGCCGUAAUGCAAAAAAUGUAUCUGCUUCUCUGCACGCGAACCUUGUGACUUGACCAGUGAGAUUUCGCGAUGACACGGCCCUCUGAACUAACGGGGGCUGCCUGGUCUCUCCACUACCACGUGCCGUCAAAGAUGGAAUGCCGCUUGAAAUUAGAAUCAGAGUCGUUCUUAAGAUGAUCUUACAGAUCAAAUUUAUUCGAACGUUGGUCACUCGGCCCAAAUAGCUACCUCAUUUGCAGGGCCUCUCACCCAGCGGCAUCGCAGAAGCUUCUCGAAUGCGUUAUGGCGUAGGCUAGAAAAAAAAAUACGGCUAGUAAUUCCCUGCGCGGCGCAUGUGUCGAUGCAAGCACCAAGUCUCGAUGUAACAAAAACAGACACAUCACUGCCGCACGAAUCUCUCUCUAGUUUUGCGGUUUCAUCCUGAAAGCACACUGAAUUUUAACUUGAGUUUCCAAAACACUGCUAGGAUUUUAUGGUCAAUGUGACGACCCGAGCGUGGCGGGGCUUGUUUGGUAUUGAGUGACCACUUUCCAGUUCAGUCACCUGGCCCAUGCAUUUUCUCUCAGCUGCCUGGCUCGCUUUUUAUAGUGUAAAAAUUGUGUCGCUGAUGAUAAUUGUACGCCUAGUAUGUGUGUAAUGCGUUGAUGAUUGCUUUGUUUUACCUUGUGUCGUCGGUGUGUUGUCCUGCUCGGGAGACGCAUUCGACAGUGUUUCUCCCGAGGUAACCCUUGUAGCGAAAAAAAAAGCACGGAGAACAGCCUUCCGAGUGUCUCGUGGCGUAUUUGCCCAAGUACCUCAUGGUGAACUGAAAGAGCGUUCUCCGAGUCCGUGAAUCACAGUGCCACAGUUUCGAGUCUCUUGAGUGCCACACCCCGUGGCCUCUGUAGAACGCACCUGUACAUUUCGUUUUGUCUCCCUCGCGCCGUCUACCUCGAGCCUAUCUCUUGGUGCUGUACUGAUGUGUCCUUUGCUGAAACGUCUGAUUUUCUUUUUUUGUGUGUGUGUUUCUCCUCUUUGCUUCCUUUUUUUUCUUCACCAGUUGCUUUGUAAUUCUGCGCAUUCAUUCACUUGUUUGAUUGAGAUCAUCCACGUGUAAACUUUCCACAUGCACGAUACAAACAAAGAAGUCUGUACGACAUCGAGUCACCUAUCCCCACCAGGCGUCUCUCCUGUGACGCCGGCCAUGCGCUAUGAAUGUAUGUAAAAUACAGCAUACGUAAAAAAUCACCAUUGUCGCGGUGGCGCCAAAAGCUUCAGAGACGGUAUCUGACGUUGUGUUGAAGCCGUGUACAUGUGACAACUCUAAUUUAAAUCAAUAAACGCUUCUAUUGUGCCCUGG